UUCUCAUACAAGCCAGCAAGCCUUCUCUCUUGGAUCUCUCAAAGCUUAAUUAACUAACUCUCUAUCUCUCCUCGAUCCCUUUCUCGACGGCCCACCGUUCAGGGGAGCUUGCCGGAAUCGGGCCGGUGAAUCUCCCGGAGUUAUUAUUAUAAGAUCCCUUCUACAUUUAUCGGAAUAAUUAAGAUGGGGGAGAUGUCAAGCUUCCAGUUGGGCGUUAUUGGAGCCCUUUUCCUUUCGGUGGCUUCUUCUGUUUCUAUUGUCAUUUGCAACAAAGCUUUGAUGAGCAAUCUUGGCUUCCCAUUUGCUACAACACUGACUAGUUGGCAUCUGAUGGUGACAUACUGCACGCUACAUGCGGCUCAGCGAUUCAAGCUGUUUGAGAAUAAGUCCAUUGACAUGAAAACUGUUAUGCUUUUUGGCAUUCUAAAUGGUGUUUCUAUUGGUCUUCUCAACUUGAGCUUGGGAUUCAACUCCAUUGGCUUCUACCAGAUGACCAAGCUUGCCAUUAUACCAUUCACUGUGUUGUUAGAAACCCUUUUUCUCAAAAAACAAUUUAGCCAAAAGAUAAAGCUCUCUCUCUUAGUUUUAGUGUUUGGAGUUGGCAUUGCCUCUGUGACCGACCUCCAGCUCAAUCUUGUUGGAACAAUCAUCUCUCUUCUUGCCAUUGCAACAACCUGCGUUGGCCAAAUCCUUACAAACACAAUUCAAAAGAGGUUGAAUGUGUCUUCGACGCAGCUGUUAUACCAGUCAGCUCCAUUUCAAGCAGCUAUUUUAUUCGUGUCAGGCCCUGUGGUAGAUCAGUUCCUCACCAAGAAGAACGUCUUUGCUCACAAAUACACCUCCAUAGUCUUGGCGUUUAUCAUCCUUUCGUGCAUAAUCUCAGUAUCUGUGAACUUCAGUACAUUUUUGGUGAUUGGAAAGACAUCACCAGUGACAUACCAAGUGCUGGGCCAUCUCAAAACUUGCCUUGUACUUGGCUUUGGCUAUACAUUACUGCAUGACCCUUUUACUGACAGAAACAUUGUUGGAAUAUUGGUCGCCAUUUUUGGCAUGGGAUUGUACUCUUAUUUUUGCACUCAAGAGAACAAAAAGAAACAAUCCGGAGGAGACCUCCCUUUGCCCUCUCAGACCAAAGAUAAGGAUGGUACUCCACUACUUUUGGGAGGGAUUAAGAACAUGGUUCACCAAGAAAAAGAUAGUCAUGAGGUCAAGAAAUCAGCAAAGGACUCUCUUGUUUGAUUGUUACAUUUAUAUAGCUAGGCUUUGCCUUUGGAAUUAAAGGUUUUUUUUUUUCUUUUCUUUUCACUCUCCUGUAUUUUCAAUUUGAAGAUAUGAUAAAUCGAGUGUAAAUGAAUUUUGAUUCUUUAAAAUAAGAUUUAAUGUUAUACCUGC